AUGUCCAAUGUGAACUGCUAUUUCCAGUCUGAAAUCCAGACGAUGGUCGACAUGCAGCGGUUUAAGAAGCAGUACCAAAAGUGGAACCCGAGGACGCGUAUGGACAACGGGCUCACGACCGCGAUGUACUCCAAGUGCCCGAAGGACCGCUGGAGCCAUGACACAUGCCAGAUUGACUCCCUCUUCGAGCUCAUGGACAUCAAGUGCGAUGACCAGGCCUUGUUCCAGGGGAUCUCGCCCUGCACGGCGGACACGCCUCAGGCAGAGUACGAGUGCGCCCCACCUCCUGGCCGCGGUCACUUGGUGGAGCCGCAGUUCCCAACGGAGGAUCGUAGCAGCCGCAAGCUUCGCCGCCUCUGGCACCGCUUCCGCAAGGGCUCUGCAAAGGACGCCGGCGUGCCCUUUGAACCCGUAUCUGACGUGCCGGACGGGGAACCCCAGCUUAUCUCGGGUUACAAGGCGCCGGCCGACCAGGCCGCGUCCCCCACCCACUACUCUUCCCAGAAGACAUACCGUUAUUAUCGCUCCUUGCAUUACAGAAAUAGAUUUAAAGGCGAUCUUAAAACAACAACUUGA